AUGAAUGAUUUCAUUGAACCAGCUCUAAAGAAACGGAAACUAGAAACAAAGCGGAUGAAAUACAAAACAAUGGAUCCAUUAAUAAAACAACAAGUUAUCUCUAAACGCGUAAUGGUUGCAAAAUUAUGGCUCAGGAGAAAAAAACAAAAAAUAUUGGAAAACAGAAAGACAAAAUAUGAAAUGUUAGAUAAAUCAAAGAAAGAAGAACGGCUUACCAAAAAUAAGAAUUAUAGAAAAACAAUGAAUAAAGGACAAAAGCAAAAAGUACUGGAGAACAAAAGGAUAAAAUAUGAAGAAAUGGAUCAAUCAAGGAGAGAAGAACUGCUUACUAUAAAUAUGAAUUAUAGAAAAACAAUGAGCAAAGAACAAAAGCGAAAAACGCUGGAGAAUAAAAGAGCUAAAUAUGAAGGAACGGAUCAAUCAAAGAAAGAGGAACUGCUUACUAAAAAUAUGAAUUAUAAGGAAACAAUGGGAGAAGAACAAAAACAGAAAAUACUGGAGAAUAAAAGAGUAAAUUAUCAAGCAAUGGAUAUAUCAAAGAAAAAGGAGUUGAGUGCUAUGAUUUCAAGCAAAAUCAUGUAA